GUAACUUGGUGCUUUCUAUCGUCUUAAGGAGGUAUUCGGUAGAGUCUCUUUGAAGUUGGGUUGAGAGUGUAGAAUUGGCAAAGUUAUAGCCAGCUUCUGCAUCAGAAACAGCAGCUUGUGAUUGGCGAUACCGGAUCUUCAGUUGCACAUCCCCACGUCAAUGCACUGCCAAUGGGUUAUAUCCUGUGUUGUGACCUCAUGGUUUAAGUGGGAAUAAAGAUGAGUAUAAGCAGUGAUGAGGUCAACUUCUUGGUAUAUAGAUACUUGCAAGAGUCAGGAUUUUCUCAUUCAGCAUUUACCUUUGGUAUAGAAAGCCAUAUCAGUCAGUCCAAUAUAAAUGGUGCCCUCGUCCCACCUGCUGCAUUGAUUUCUAUCAUCCAGAAAGGUCUACAGUAUGUAGAGGCAGAAGUUAGUAUUAAUGAGGAUGGUACCUUGUUUGAUGGUCGACCAAUAGAGUCUCUGUCCCUGAUAGAUGCCGUAAUGCCUGAUGUAGUACAAACAAGACAACAAGCUUAUAGAGAUAAGCUUGCACAGCAACAGGCCGCAACUGCCGCAGCUGUCACAGCUACAGCUAACCAACAAGGAUCUGCAAAAAAUGGAGAAAACACAGCAAAUGGGGAGGAGAAUGGAGCACAUACUAUAGCAAAUAAUCAUACUGAUAUGAUGGAAGUGGAUGGGGAUGUUGAAAUCCCUCCUAAUAAAGCAGUUGUAUUACGGGGCCAUGAAUCUGAAGUUUUCAUCUGUGCCUGGAACCCUGUUAGUGAUCUUCUGGCAUCGGGGUCUGGAGACUCAACAGCAAGAAUAUGGAAUCUUAGUGAAAACAGCACUAGUGGCUCCACACAGUUAGUUCUUAGACAUUGUAUACGAGAAGGAGGGCAAGAUGUUCCAAGCAACAAGGAUGUAACGUCUCUAGACUGGAAUAGUGAAGGUACACUUCUAGCAACUGGUUCAUAUGAUGGAUUUGCCAGAAUAUGGACUAAAGAUGGUAACCUUGCUAGCACCUUAGGGCAGCAUAAAGGCCCCAUAUUUGCGUUAAAAUGGAAUAAGAAAGGAAAUUUCAUACUAAGUGCUGGAGUAGAUAAGACCACAAUUAUUUGGGAUGCACAUACUGGUGAAGCCAAGCAACAGUUUCCUUUUCAUUCAGCACCAGCAUUGGAUGUUGAUUGGCAGAGCAACAACACCUUUGCUUCUUGUAGUACAGAUAUGUGCAUUCAUGUCUGUAAAUUAGGACAAGACAGACCUAUUAAAACAUUCCAAGGACAUACGAAUGAAGUAAAUGCUAUCAAAUGGGACCCAACUGGCAACCUCCUGGCCUCCUGUUCGGAUGACAUGACUUUGAAGAUAUGGAGUAUGAAACAAGACAAUUGUGUCCAUGAUUUGCAAGCACAUAAUAAAGAAAUUUAUACUAUCAAAUGGAGUCCAACAGGACCAGGGACAAAUAAUCCAAAUGCCAACCUUAUGUUAGCAAGUGCAUCCUUUGAUUCUACUGUUAGGUUAUGGGAUGUAGACCGAGGGAUUUGCAUCCAUACUUUGACAAAACACCAAGAGCCUGUGUACAGUGUAGCUUUCAGUCCUGAUGGCAGGUAUCUGGCAAGUGGUUCUUUUGACAAAUGUGUGCACAUCUGGAACACACAGACAGGUGCUCUAGUUCACAGCUAUAGGGGAACAGGUGGAAUUUUUGAAGUUUGUUGGAAUGCAGCAGGAGACAAAGUUGGAGCCAGUGCAUCAGAUGGUUCAGUUUGUGUAUUAGACCUUCGGAAAUAGCGCUACUAGUUGGAAGCCAUGGACCGACUAUGAAUGUGUACAUAGCCAAAAUGACUGUCCCUGACCCAUGUACUGCUAUAGUCCCACUUGAACCAUGGCCAGUCCACUACAGCCAAAUCUAAAAGAAAUAUAUACAUACAGUGUAUAUAAACAAAAUUGCACCCUGAAGAUGACAGAGUUUUGUCACAGCUUGUGAAUUCUGUUCACCAAGUGCUGGAAUCUAAUCUGCUGUGCCCCUAAAAUAGCAUUUAGAAGUUUUGGAUAUGAAAAACAGAAGAGAGAAAGAAAUAUACAUUAUAAAACCAGA